GCCGCACCGCGAGCUUAGUCGUUUUGGAACUUUUCACGCGUUCGCUGCCUCAGUCUUUCGUUCGUCUUUAUUCCCCCCCCGCUCCACAAUGAAAUACGCUGUGAUUGCCAUCGCAUUGUUUGCGAUUUCUGCCGCUUCGGCCUCUUCCGCUGGUCAGUUCCUGCCACGUGCCUUCUUCACUUUGGAUGCGCAGGGUCACCAGUCGGAUGUUCAUCCCGUUAAUGCCCAUCUGCUGAGGCGUCUGCGUCGCCAGGUGUACAGCUCGUCCUCCUCAUCAUCCUCCUCUUCCUCCUCCAGUGGAAAUGGCGGAACAUACACCUCUACCUCUCACUUCGUUCAGAAUCCUGAUGGCUCUGGCUCAUCCGGGUCCUCUUACUCCCAGCAGGCUGCUGCUCCACUUGCCAGCGUGAACUUUGAAAGCCGUUUCGGUGAGGACUCUGCAACGGGCAACAACGGUAACUACAACCCAAACUACAGCAACAACUACAACUCCAACUACAACAAUGGCGCGUACAACACCGCCGCCACACUGAGCACAAACUCCGGAGGCGGUAGCUCCAACAGCUACCAGAGCAGCUAUGGAUCUGGAGCCGCCCCCGCCGUCCAAAUCCAUCAGACCGUGACCACUUUCGAUGCCAAUGGCAACCAGAAGGUGACCACCGUCCAUGGUGCCACCGAUGAAUCAGGCGUCCUGAAUGUCCAGAAGACCGACACCACCUACUCUGGUUAAAGGAGGACGGGACGAAAUCCCCUUAGAUUUUAACUACUUUUGAGUGUAAUGGAGUCCACUUUAAUAAACUAAACUAAAGUAAA